AUGACGGCAAUCGUUUCGCCGCCAAUAUGUAUUCUUCCGAGGGUUGCCCUUUCCGCCAGUGCUGAUACUUCGGCCAGAGCCGCGUCGAGGCCAGGAGAGCGCGAAUCGGUAGUGCUGGAAUGGUCCCAAACGGAUGCACGGAAGUGGCUUGAGAGCGGAAGCAAGGUAGAUUCCUUGGUGCGGGUGGCUUGGGCCCUGCUGCUGCGAAGCUAUACCUCUCUGGAUCACAUCUGCUUCGAGCUUGCCACGAGCACAAGGAGGCAAUUCGAGUUGUACGAUUGCCACAUCACCGGCACGACUACUCUUCAGGACAUUCUGCAAAAGAAGGGGCGAGUGAUUGACUUUGACCCUAUGAGCUGGUCUCGUCAGCAAGUCAAGGCAUUGGCUCAGACUUUCCACCACGCAAUAUCGGCUGUCAUUCGAGACCCCGAGCAACAAGUGGGAAACAUGGAUUUGUGCAGUGAAGAGGAUGUCGAACGUAUGGCUAGAUGGAAUAUGCCUUUCCGAAGGACCUCCGUCAAUGACCAAUGCGUGACGGAGAUCGUUCUGCGCUCUUGUCGCGAACGACCAGAAGCCAUCGCAAUUUCAGCUUGGGACGGGGAGGUCACAUACGGCGAGCUAGAGCGGCUGACCGCUAGGCUUGCCACAAAGCUGAUCAGAAUGGGUGUUGGCCCCGAGGUGACCGUUCCCAUACUUACGGAAAAGUCAAAAUGGUUAGUGGUCGCGGCCUUGGGCGUGAUGCGUGCGGGUGGUUCCUUCCUCACGGUGGAUGUAUCCAAUCCGUUCGAGCGCAUUAGAAAGAUGAUUGAGACCGUUUCUGCGCCACUUGUCGCGUGUUCGCGCGGUUGCGAGUCGCUAUCCCGUCGCUUGACCCCGACAACCGUGAUCAUUGAAGACGCUGCGACCUCUCUCGACCAGGACAUUGACGACAGAGCUCUGCAGCAACAACAGGAGCGAUCGUCACCUUCAGAUGCUCUGUACGUGGUCUUCACAUCGGGGAGCACGUCGGAGCCUAAGGGUCUAGUACUUGAGCAUAGGGCAUUCUGCGCCUCGGCUCUGGCAACGAUAGGACCGCUGAUGCUGGGACCAGACACCCGCCGCGUACAAUCUGCCGCGAAUGGGUUUACCCUGUGCAACCGCGAACUUCUGCUCAUGCCUAUGGUGGGGGGUUGCCUUUGCAUUCCCUCUGAUAACGACAUACGGAUGGACCUGGCAGGGUUCAUCAACCGCCACCGUUGCAACUAUGCAUUCUUGACGCCAGUUUUGGUGGACGUUGUGAAGCCACUUGAUGUCCCGACCCUUCGUGUGCUCUUACUUGGGGGGACAACAAUUGGCAUGUCCCAGGUGAAGGAGUGGGCAAAGCAUGUGCGUGUGAUGUACGGGUAUGGGGCAACUGAAACGGCCGGGGUUGCCAUACUAGCUCCUGACUUUGGGCCAGGUUGGGAUGAACGCAGCGUCGGGUAUGCCUGUGACCCUUGCUUGUGGGUCGUAGAUGUGGAUGACCCGAACCGCCUGGCACCUGUCGGAGCCGUUGGGGAGCUUGUGCUUCAAGGAAAGGGUCUCGCAAGGGGGUAUUGGGGUGACGAGGAGAAAAGUCGUCUCGUGUUCAUGAAGUCAGCCGACUGGCAAACCCGAGUCAUUCCGUACGGAUUUGGCAGUUUCCGAGAGCGCCUCUACCGCACUGGAGACUUGGUGCGGUACAAUCUGGAUGGGUCUAUCCAGUACAUUUCACGAAAAGAUAGCAUGAUUAAGGUGAGCGGCAGGAGGGUGGAUCCCGGGGAGAUUGAGCAUCACCUCACCAAGUGUCCGGAGCUCGUCAGUCGCGACGGACUCAAGCAUCGUGGGAAGAUUAUGCGGGCGCAACUCGCUGCGGUCAUUGAACAUAGCUCAAGCUCAGCGCAGGGCCCAAAAGUACAGAAAGCUGGGGCCUUAGCCAUGGUUCCAUGUGAUUUCAAGUGCGAAUUGGCAACAGCAGCCAAGAAGUAUCUGAUGACCCGUGUCCCUGGAUAUAUGAUGCCACCUCACUUUUUCCUCGUCGAAGAAAUGCCGCUGAACAAGUCAGGGAAGUUUGAUCGGUUUCGGCUGAAAUCGGUGGUAUCUGAGACGCUAACCGCAGCCAACGAGGAAUAUCCCGAGCCAGAGGAUUCAUGUCUGACCCCGAUGGCCAUUUCAACAAGGGCAAAAUUGGUCAAAGCGACAGAAGCGUCGCAGGUUCCUAUGGCUGAUAAUGCCCCAGAUGACGCAUCGGUCCCAGUAGUGCAGUUGCGGAAAUUGAUAGCUCAGGUCCUUAAGCUUCCUCAGGAUACGGUCCGAGCCGACAGCAAUUUCUUCGCAAUCGGAGGAGAUUCAAUAACCUCAUUUCAGCUGGCUUGGCUCGCAGGCAGAGAAGGUCUGCAUUUGACAGAAGAUACCAUUCUAAACUGUCCAAUCUUGUCCGACAUGGCCCAGGCAUCGAGGCCAAAACCUUCACAUAAUGGGCGCCAGGCAACGCGGACGAGCUCUGGCAAAGAGCAAUUCGCUGCUGCUCAGAAUGAAGGAUUGCGUCGACUAGUACCGGCGGAGCUAUAUUCUUUGGUGCUCGAGAUGCUGCCCCUUGCCGACUUUCAACAGACGAGCUUGACAAUGAUGAACUACCGGUAUUUCCGGUUCGGCCUGCCCUUGAACUUCGAUCGGAGCCGGGUCAUCCGUGCUUGUCAGCAGCUCAUUGCUCGGCAUACAAUUCUGCGAACGGCCUUUGUCGCUCAGAACGGCGAAUAUGCUCAGGUAGUGUUGAAAGACUGGCCGCUGACAAUUCGUGACUUCGAAACGGAUAAUCUGGACCGAUAUUGUUCGGACGACAAUGCUGUCGCAGAGAGUCCCUCAAGUGGUAGACCGCCCUUUGUUUCGCAGUUGGUGACUCUCAAGCAAACGGGCGACGUGUUUCUCGUAUUCCGGAUCGCCCAUGCGCUCUACGACGGGCUUUCGGCCUCCGUCCUCGUCGGUGACUUUGCUGCUCUUUACAACGAGAAGCCAUUGCCUGCGACAAGCCCAUUCUCCGCUCACCUGCAAGCAGUGCUGGGGCUACAGACGGACAUUGCGUAUAAUACUUGGCGAAAGGUCCUGCAGGGAACCCGGAUGACUUCACUACGCGAGCACAGACUUCCUAUCCCCGGGCCGGAGGGCAGUACUGCACGGCCGGCAUAUGUGGUUAAUGUCGUAAAGACAAUCCCUGCUGUUUCCUUGCCAUCCGGGAUCACCCUAGCCAGCUUGCUGAAGGCGGCAUGGGCUGUCACGCUUCUCCGGUACUUUGCUUCGCAAUCUGAGAGCUCUGAGGCUGUCGUCUUCGGACAAGUUGUGCACGGACGGAAUGUCGAUGUGGCCCAUGCUGACCGCAUCCUCGGCCCUUGUAUUAGCAUUGUCCCUGUCUCCGUCUUGUUUGAGCCGAUGGCCUCCAAAAUUGCGGUCCUUCACGCGAUUCAACAGCAGCACCUCGAGACUAUGCCCUACUCCGCAUUGGGAUAUCGAGACAUCGUGAGGAACUGCACGACCUGGCCCACGCCUACUCCUCUCGCCAGCUUCGUGCGUGUCCGCAAUUAUGAAUUUCCGACUGACUGCUGGCUCGAUGGAGUCCAGUGCCACGCCAGCCAUUAUCCCCUGCCCAAUAAUCCUUCACAGGCAGCCAAUGUGCAUAUUCUUCCUGAGGCGAACCUACUGCAUGUGAACAUCGCGACCUCGAGUCACAUCCUUAGUGAGCCGCAGGUAGAGUACCUGGUUGGGGAGUAUUGCCAGACGAUUCAAAGUUUCGACAGGAGCGUCAUUGAACGCGAGUCGCAUAUUCUUGGACCGGAGCCCUCGCGUGUGUAA